CGCAAAUUAAUCCAGUAAAUGUGAUACUAUUUUUUAAAUUUAGAAUAUUUGAUAUAAAAAUAAAAUAUUUAAUUUAAAAUUCUGUACUAAAAUUCAUUAAAAAUUGCUAUGAGUCAGACCGUGCCUGCGAGUACAAAGCGCGACAUUAUUCCACCUGAAUCAAGUCAAGUUUUUGUUUUUCCUAAAUAAAAGCAAGAGAUAAAAUAAACGAUCUGGGGGUUUUUUCUAGAAAAAAAAUAUAGACGAUAUUCAGUAAAUGACUUUGUAUGACAAUUCAUGAAAGUAUAGGAAUUGCAGGGUAAAUCAAUAUAUUGCAGUAUAUAGUUAUAUGUACAUCAUUUUGAUUUUUGAUUUUGGGGAUUUGCAAUGAAACAAAUGGUUCUGCAAAAAUGUUUAUUUCAAAAUUGUUCUUAUUAAUUCCAAUGUUUAUAAAAGGAAUAUCAUUUUUGUUUAUCAACUGCACAAUGACCACAUCAUUUUACACUUGCCGCGUUGUCCGAAUGACUUAGCUCCCUGGGCCUGGUUGCUAUGACUUUCAUGUAAACAGCGCGAAAAUUUAUCGACAUAAUGGACGAAAGCGCGGACAGUGACUCGGACGGUUCCCUCUCUGAUGGAUCAGACAUCAAUGUAAACGAUUCAGAUAACGAGGGAUUCUCAUCUGACACCGACAGUGAAUCCGAUUCACGGGAAACACAAUCAUCGCUGUGCACAUUGGAUAGUCGGUUGAGCGAUAUUGGUGACGAUUUCUGGUCUAGUGACCUUCAUGAUGUGGAAAUAGCGGAGUUUGGAGAAGAUCAUGGCCUAUGUCAUACUCUUGAUCCCAAAGAUCACGUGUACCGGUAUUUCCAGCUAAUGCUGCCAUCAGCCAUAUUCGGGAAGAUAGCCGAGGAAACCAACAAAUAUGCAGCACAGACGGCGGAAAGUACAGGGCAGCCCGACCCUGACUGGGUUCCAACAGAUGAAACUGAAGUCAGGGCAUACCUUGGUCUAUGGAUUCUUAUGGGGAUAAACCAAUUACCAGAUAUCCAUAUGUACUGGUCUGAUAACAAAUACAUUGGAAACCAAGGUUUUAAAGACUGCAUGACAAGAAAUAGAUUUACCAUGCUGUCUCGUUAUUUACAUGUAAAUGACAACAGUACACAGGGAGCUCCUGGGUCUCAACAGUAUGACAGACUGCAUAAGAUUCGACCCCUUAUAAUGUCAACAAGGGAAGCAUUCAAAAAAUAUUAUAAACCAGGAAAAUGCCAAAGUAUUGAUGAGGGAAUGGUGAGAUACAAGGGUCACCAUUUUGCUCGACAAUAUACUCCAUGCAAGCCAAUAAAAAGGGGUCUAAAGGUAUUGAUAAUUUGAAUUCACACCCAAAGAAAUGUUUACAUAUAAUUUAUUUACAAUUUUUCAGU